CUCUAAACAGCGGCAAAAUUCAGGGUUACAUGCCGCCAAUGUCGAAUUUAGAACGGAAAUUGAAUGCUGACCUAAUACUGUUAUCACCGACUCUGCUUCGUACCUCCAACAGACCCCACACUCAAGUCCCCAUUAGGCACUACCUUAGCUCAGGUAGCCCUGGAGCUCUAGCAGCCUCGCAUGGAUGCGGGGCAUCUUUAUUCCCAUGAUCCGUCCACCAGCAACUCAUCUCCAUCAUCCUUCACGCCAACGCCGCCUUGACCAAAGCUAACGAUAGCUUCAUUCAAAUACCAAACACACUAAUCUCAACCCUCUUACUAACUUCACCACAUAAUUUCCACGACACACUUCACCUUACCCGCUCUGCAGUGUCUUCGCCUCAGCUCAUCAUGGCUGCCUCGACCCCCGCCAGCAGCGCUCUUCUCUCUAACCAGAAGAGUUCCGAGCUUCAGGCUGUUCUUCACCCACUCGUCCUCCUCACCAUCUCCGAUUACAUCACACGACAUACUCUUCGUCAACAGGAAGGGCCCAUCAUUGGCGUCUUGCUAGGUCAACAAAAUGGUCGCGAAAUCACAGUCGAGCAUGCCUUUGAAGCUCAUACCCGACAAGAGCCCAAUGUACAAGGUGGAUACCUCCUCGAUGCCACGAAAUUCGGCGCACGGUUAGAACAGAUGAUCACUGUCCACAAGGAUAGACACCUCGACCUCGUUGGAUGGUACACCCUUCUACCUUCUUCAGGUCCGACCCCGACUAUCCUCCCAAUCCAUAAUCAGAUUCUCGAAGGUUGGAACGAGUCAGCCAUACUCCUCGGAUUCCACCCGGAACAGGUCCUUGAUCACUCCGUCGGUGGCAGACUUCCACUCACUAUUUACGAGAGCAACUAUGAAGUCGACGACCCAAAGGCGGAUAACGAUGGAGAGGACAAGAAGAUGGAUGACGGGGAGCCCGCUCUCAAGCUCAAGUUCAGAGAGCUGCCCUACUCGGUUGAGACCGACGAAACAGAGAUGAUCAGCAUGAACUACGUUGCUGCUUCAGGAGGAAACGCUGCCGCCGCUCCCCAAAAGGAAGACAAGCCCUCUUUGUCCAUCGAGUCAAAUGGCAAGGGCAAGCGCCGGCUAGUAGAGAGCCACGACGAAGAUCACAACAAGGCGAUUGCGCAGGAUGAUGAGGUUGUUCUGACGCCAGAAGAGGACGAAACAAUUGCUGCCCUCACAGCAAAGGCCAACGCUAUCAAGAUGCUCCAGUCCCGAAUACUCCUUCUCACCACUUAUCUCGAGCGUCUUCCUCCCUCGUACAUCAACGGUGACACAGCCGAUUCCAGUAGCAUGGACGCCGACUAUACCACUCCAUCAGCGACAGUGCUUCGCCAGAUCCAAGCCCUCGUCAGCCGCCUGGACCUCGUCAUUCCCUCAGACAGAGCCGCAUUUGAGCGCGAGAUGCUCCAUGAGGCAAACGAUGUUAACUUGGUGAGACUCCUCAACGGCAUUGUCCAGAGCGUCGGCCAGGCCCGCGACGUUGGCAAGAAGUUCCACGUUGUCGAAAACGCAAAGGCGUCGCACCGUCGUGGUGCUCCUCCUGGCCCCGGGCAGGAUUUCGUCAUUGACCCAGCGGCUUAUAACAUUCGUGGAGCUGGCGAUAUCCUGAUCUGAGAUUGCUAGAUAUACGCGUGAAGGCACGAUGACGCGUACGACAGAAACGACUUAGUUACAUUCAGCCGGGCGUUUGGUGUUUGAGGUAGAUUACAACUUCAAAUCGUGUUUUAGAGAUGAAUUAAAGCAUAAACUAGUUAGCCAUAUCGUAUUCACGAGUCUAGUUGUUUGUGGGGAUAUCCCGGCUUCAUGGGUUAAGUUAAGAUAGGGAUCAAGUGUUCAUGUUAAUGUCGUGGACUAUGUCUGCUAGGACGAACUCCUUACCAACCCGUUCUUCCAGCCCGUUAAGCCACUUCAUAUCAUAUUUGGUAUCUCUCCAAUCAAACCCAACCACCUCCAAGCUACCAAUAUAGUAGCUGGUAUCUUCAUAACAGAGAAUCUAUUUACGCGCCCCCCAUGAAAUACGCCACUGGAAUAUGUAGCUUUUUGGAUAUCUUUGUCUAUCAUUCAUAAGUCGUAAAAAGGCAAUCUUGAGAAAGAUUUUAUGCCUCAAUAACAAUCUUCAGGACGAGUUUGCCCUCGUCGUCACUGGUGCGUGUUGCUAGCUCAAAUGCACGUUGUGCCUGAUCGAGGCCCUUGAAACGGUGGGUAACCAUGUCGUCCAACGAGGGCAGGCUGCAGCCAGAGGGAUUCGCAGCUUGCGAACACAAAAGUCGAAUACCGGUGGGAUAUGUGUUGGAAUACCGGAAUACGCCCAGGAUGUCAAUCUCACGGAGGUGGGCCACGGAGAGAGGGAGAGUCUGGAUCGGAGUUCCCAUGCCCACCAUGAUUACUUUGCCGCCGGCUUUGGUAGCAUAUAAGCUCGUGUGCAUGCACACCUCCUUUCCAGUGCACUCGAAUGUGACAUCCACACCGUCCUCAUCCUCCUCAAGCAUGAAGGUACCAGCAGGGUUUGAUGAAGCAAGGAUAUCCGCAGCCAAUGAUUUGGCUCCGUCGAAGCGGCUUGCUGUUGAAAAGGUGCUGGCAGGAGUAAUGAUACCAGUCUCGGGUGUAGAGAUUCCAGAAGAAUAGUUCGAUGAGUUCAAACGGGACAGGGGGGUAACAAAACCAUGAGUUGCAAAUCCACGGCUUAUGGCAUAGUUGACACGCCCAGCAUCGAUAUCUGUGAUUGUGACCGAGGUGCAGCCUGAUUGACGAGCCAUUGCGGCAGUCAACAGGCCAACGGUGCCGGCACCGAUAACAAGGGCAGUGGAGCCCGGCUCCGGCCUGGCACGGUUCACCGCAUGGAUAGCUACAGACAGCGGCUCGAGGAGGGCGGCGGCC